ACGUGCGCACCGGCCGGGCAUGCGCAGAAGCGGCGGCUCCACGCCGGUGCCGUGAACGGCCCGGAGCCGCCAUGAGCGCGGCGGAACCGAUGGGAACCGGGACCGGAACCGGAACCGGGACGGGGGGCGAGAUGGGAGCCGGGAUGCGCUUCGCGGAGCGGCAGCUGCGGCGGCACGGCUGGACGCGGGGCCGCGGGUUGGGGAAACGAGAGGACGGGAUCGAGCGGCCCAUCCGAACCAGCGUCAAGUGCGGAACCGCGGGGGUGGGGCACAGCGCUGCCGAGCAGUUCUCCUUCCAUUGGUGGGAUCACGUCUUCAACGAGGCGGCGGCCAACAUCGAUGUGCGGGACGGGCAGGACGGGGUCUCCGUGGAGUCUCGUUCUGGGCCGCACUUUGGGGUCAGCACUAAGAAGCCCCGCAAGGCGCCCCCCCCGGGCUGCACGUUGUAUGGCCGCUUCGUUAAGGCUGCCACACUCACUGCUCAUGGGGAGGAGCCGACAGAGCCGCGUUUGGGCUCUGAGAGCAGCGAGGAAGAGGAGGAUGAAUGGGAUCGAUCUUCAGCACGGAGGCUGACAGACGAGGAGCUGGUGCGGGUGUGUGGGGGCCGCACGGCACACAAGGGUGCGCGGCACGGGCUGACCAUGAGCGCCAAGCUGGCCCGGCUGGAGCAGCAGGAACGAGACUUCAUGGCCGCCAGGAUGCAACGGGGGGGGGGGCAGAAUGGGACCCCCCAGGGCAGCACCAGGGAACAGCUGCAGGACGGGAGGAGGAGGAGGAGGAAGAAGGAGGAAAAGGAACAGUCUGCGGAUGGAGCUGAGGAUGGACUGAAGGGACGGGAGGAGGAGGAAGAGGAGGAGGAAGAGGAGAGAACAGAGAGGAGGAAGAAGAAGAAGAAGGAAAGGGAACGGUCUGUGCAUGGAGCUGAUGUAGAUGGACUGCAGGGAUGGGAGGAGGAGGAAGAGGAGAGAACAGAGAGGAGGAAGAAGAAGAAGAAGAGGAGGAAGGAGGAGUUGGAUGGGAUGGAGGAUCCUGCAGAGGACACUGGUGGGAUGGGGGGGGCUGAGGACAGCAAUGGGGGGAGGAAGAAGAAGAAGAAGAGGAGGAGGGAGGAUGAAUGAAUGAAUGAAUGAAUGAAUGAAUGAAUGAAUGAAUGAAUGAAUGCAGCCACCUCUAAUACAACUUUAUUGCAUCAAACAACCCUGACGGGUGGGACACAGCCCCCAGUGCAUGGCCAUGGGCCUGGAGGGGCUGCAAUGGGGCAGCACAGCCCCUACAGCAGCUGCAGGACGCAUUCAGUGCUGCAAUGGGGCAGCACAGCCCCUACAGCAGCUGCAGGACGCAUUCAGUGCUGCAAUGGGGCAAUGCAGCCCUACAGCAGCUGCAGGACACGAUGCUGCAAUGGGGCAAUGCAGCCCUACAGCAGCUGCAGGAUGCAUUCAGUGCUGCAAUGGGGCAAUGCAGCCCUACAGCAGCUGCAGGAUGCAUUCAGUGCUGCAAUGGGGCAGUGCAGCCCUACAGCAGCUGCAGGAUGAUGUUGGUGCUGCAAUGGGGCAAUGCAGCCCCUACAGCAGCUGCAGGACGCAUUCAGUGCCCGGAUACGGGGGCAGGUUGAGGCCAUAUUUCUCCUGCAGCGCCGCGGGCACAAAACGCCCCCCCA